CACUGAUUUUGCGUUUGAGUUCCAAGCUCAGUUUAAUGCAACUAAUGCUUUAAGUGUGUUCGGAAGUUCACUCGUUCUUGGUGUUUCAAAUUUCGUAAAUAUUCCAGGGAUAUUGCAUGGAAUUGUAAACAAAUAGAAAAGUACAAUGUUCAUGCUUCUGCGACUGUUGUGGGAAAAUUAUCGAGAGCUCGAUGAGAAAUAUAGAGAUGAACGUUCGGAAAACUAUUUUCUCUUCAGCCCGCUGCUAUUUCUUUCUAUUGCAAUCGCUUACUAUGCUUUCGUCAAGCAUAUUGGUCCGAAAAUAAUGGAAAAACGCAAUGCAUUCGACUUGAAGUACGUCUUAUUGGCAUACAACGCUGCGCAGGUGCUCGCCAAUGGCAACCUGUUUAUUUCGGUGAUUUACGCUAUCUGGCUACAUAGACCCUACGACCGCUUGUCUUGCAUGAUGCCCGUUAUCCAACGCACCGAAAUCGGUAUGGUGGAGCUUAAAUUCGCGUACACCUAUUAUUUGCUAAAGAUAGCCGAUUUCGCCGACACUGUAUUCUUUGUGCUACGCAAACGCUACAACCAAGUAAGCUUUCUGCAUGUCUAUCAUCACAUCUUAAUGGCGGGUGGAAUUUUUAUAUUUGCGCGUUAUCUGCCCGGUGGUCAUGGCGCAUCACUAGUCACUGUCAAUUCAGCGGUGCAUGCCAUUAUGUACUUCUAUUAUUUCAUAUCGGCGCUGCGGCCAGAGUUGAAACAAUCGGUGUGGUGGAAAAAACACAUUACUCAAGCGCAAAUUGCGCAGUUUUUGAUAUUGCUACUGCAUUUCAUCCAUGGUCUCCUUGAUAUGGAGUGUAAAUAUCCAAAAUGGGCUCUGGGCUUCGGCUCCAUUCAAGCGGUUAUUAUGCUGAUGCUCUUCUCGGAUUUCUAUUAUAAAGCUUACUUGCGCCCGAAUAAGAAAAAAUUAGUAUCCCAAACGAAUGCUGAGCGAGUUUCUGAGCAUAAGGAAGGAGACUUUAGUGCAGAGCGUUUGGCGAUGGCGGAAAGUGAAAAAAUUACAAAUUAAUGGUUUUUAAAUAAAUCUGUUAUCUUUAAA